AAGAGGGCGAGGAGGAAGAGGAGGAGGAUGAGGACGAGGAAGAGAUGGACCAAGACAGUGAUGACUUUGAACAUUCGGUGGAGAGUGGGAGGGAGGAGGAAGAGGAGGAGGAAGGAGAAGGGGAGGAAGGGCCACGGUCUCCCUCUCUCAGGAACAAUGUGUCUGCCCCCAAUAACAACCUGGACUCGGGUUGUACACACCAAAGCUCUUCCAACAAGAAGAUGAAAAGAAAGUUGGACCAUGGCCCCGAGGUCCGAUCUUUCCCUUCAGGAAAAAAGCCCUGCAAAGGCCCAGAGUAUCCAAGCCCGACAGGAAUUGUCCCAUGUCCAGCCACACCCACCACAUUUGGCCACAUCAGAACAGCCAACGGUCAGGGGCAACAGAGACGGCGUAUCACCUCAAUCCAGCCACCCACGGGUCUCCAAGAAUGGCUCCGAACAUUUCAGAGCUGGACUGGCCCAGAGAAGCUGCUGGCACUGGAUGAGUUGAUUGACAGCUGUGAGCCCACACAAGUCAAGCAUAUGAUGCAGGUGAUUGAGCCGCAGUUUCAGCGAGACUUUAUCUCCCUGCUGCCCAAAGAGCUGGCUUUGUAUGUGCUGUCGUUCCUGGAACCGAAGGACCUCCUCCAAGCAGCCCAGACGUGUCGCUACUGGCGCAUCCUGGCAGAGGACAACCUGCUGUGGAGGGAGAAAUGCAGGGAAGAAGGCAUCGACGAGCCUCUGCCCCUCAAGAAGAGGAAAAUCGUCAAGCCCGGCUUCACUCACAGCCCCUGGAAGAGUGCCUACAUCAGGCAGCACAGAAUAGACACUAACUGGAGGAGAGGGGACCUCAAAUCACCCAAGGUGCUGAAAGGUCAUGACGACCAUGUGAUCACCUGCCUCCAGUUCUGUGGCAACCGCAUUGUCAGCGGCUCUGACGACAACACGCUGAAAGUCUGGUCAGCUAUCACAGGAAAGUGUCUGCGGACAUUGGUGGGCCACACAGGGGGCGUGUGGUCAUCCCAGAUGCGAGACAACAUUAUCAUCAGCGGCUCCACUGAUCGCACACUCAAGGUCUGGAACGCAGAGACAGGAGAAUGUAUCCACACCCUCUAUGGGCAUACCUCAACAGUGCGCUGCAUGCACCUACAUGAGAAAAGGGUGGUCAGUGGCUCUCGUGACGCCACGCUGCGCGUCUGGGACAUCGAGACAGGUCAGUGUUUACACGUCCUCAUGGGCCACGUGGCGGCAGUGCGCUGCGUCCAGUACGAUGGGCGACGGGUGGUCAGCGGUGCCUAUGACUUCAUGGUUAAAGUGUGGGACCCCGAGACGGAGACCUGCCUCCACACGCUGCAGGGCCACACCAACAGAGUGUACUCGUUACAGUUUGAUGGAAUCCACGUGGUGAGCGGCUCAUUGGACACGUCUAUAAGGGUCUGGGACGUGGAGACGGGCAAUUGCAUCCACACGCUAACAGGGCAUCAGUCACUCACCAGUGGCAUGGAGCUCAAAGACAACAUCCUGGUCUCAGGCAAUGCAGACUCCACUGUCAAGAUCUGGGACAUCAAGACGGGCCAGUGCCUGCAAACACUGCAAGGUCCACACAAGCACCAGAGCGCCGUGACGUGUCUUCAGUUCAACAAGAACUUUGUCAUCACCAGCUCGGACGAUGGCACAGUUAAACUGUGGGACCUGAAGACGGGGGAGUUCAUCCGAAACCUGGUGACUCUGGAGAGUGGCGGCAGCGGCGGUGUGGUGUGGCGCAUCCGGGCCUCCAACACCAAGCUGGUGUGCGCAGUUGGCAGCCGCAACGGCACAGAGGAGACCAAGCUGCUGGUGCUGGACUUUGACGUGGACAUGAAGUGAGAAGGGACGUGGUGGGGAAGCAUGAAGAGAGCGCACUGCGGAGAGGGAGGAAUAGAGAGAGAAUGGGGGAUGAGGCACCUAGAAACCAGAGGGCCAACGCCGCAAACUCUUCACCCAAACUCGCAAAAUCUGCAACCACCACCACUAACAGUGGGCUGUCCUGUCCUCUACAAUUAUCUCCCCCGUCCCCCUUUUGGGUAAAUGUUACUGACAAAGCCACAGACCCUCACAUGUGUUUAGCCCCUGCUUUGUACCCCUACCACCCGUACGAGGUGGAGCCAGAGGGGAUCGGGCUGGAAAUGGGGCAGGGGGCCAUGACCGGUCUGUCCCUUGAUUAGCUGGGAGAAAGAAGAGAAGAAGAAAGGAAUGACUGACGACUGAACUCUUUUGAAGUGACUCUCCACCCUUUCGGUUCGGGGGCAGCUUCGCACAGAGACUUGGUUUCGCUUCAAGCCUGACAGAUUUUGAGAUGUACAGAGAUAUAUUAUUUUUUAAAGCCCCAACCCCCACCCCCCCAUCAGUACGCGCCCUCAAACACACACACACACACACACUCAAACCAGAAGUGGAAAACAUUGACCGUAGGAAAAGAUUGGGGAAGGUGGGAGACGUUUAAAGGUGAAUUUCCACACAGUUCCACGUGAAAAAGCUGCUUGAUGUAGAGGAGAGAAAUCGGAGAGUUCAGCCUGUAAUCAGGCUCGUUUCUUGUCACUCCAUUUCCGUUCUUGUUCUCCACUCGGUUUCUGUAGUUUGAUUUCUUUACAAUAUCGCACACAAACACAACUGUGAAUUUCAGUACCUUUUGGGUUUAUCAUAUGAAAGGGGUUUCUCUAUUGAUGUUGUUUUUUUGUUUUUUUUUCCUCUUUCCUUGCCGUUGCCAACAGCAACAAAUCCCAGUAUUAGAAACCUGCUCGGUUUAGGUUUGCUGUCAUUAUGUCACAAGGUUUUUUGUUUGAGUUGUUUGUUCUUCCUUUCUGUUUUCUACAUACCUGGGUUUGGAGCUCCAUCUCCACAUAAACAUCAAUGCUGUCCAGAAUUUUUCAGUCUAGCUGGGGUGGUUUCCUCAAUGCCGGUGCUUAACGAGAAGUAAAGGUUCUUUGCUCAAAGCGCUGUGGAUUAAUGCCCCUGAACCCCCCAGCCCCUUCCCCUCUACUGUUUUCCCCCAGUGGCCAAACUGUAUUUAUGCUGCUAGAUGAAUGGAAAAAAGAGAGAUGGAACUUUUACUUGCUGUGACGUUUUAGUCCCAGGCGAAAUUCCAAAUUGAACUCUGUAUGUUUGGACUUCAACAAAAGAUGACAAAAGAUAACAUCCAACAUUUUUGUUUUGUUUUGUUUGUUUUUGCCACUGAAACUUGAGCCAAACGUGCCUCUACGAGGCUGAGAGGAGGGAGCGCGUCCGACAGAUUCUGACGGGAUCGCCUGCAGAGAGGAAACAAGCGGAUGUACACUGUUGGCGUGCGUGUGUGUGCGUGCAUGAGUGCGUGUGUUAAGCGUGUUAAUGGGCAACUUGUAAACACAUUCCUUGGGACAAAGCUCUUUCGGCCUGUUCUUUGGGGAAAUGUACAAAUGCUGUGUGGACUGGCAAAGAAAAAAAAAAACUAGCAGAUGUAUCAACUUUAACACGUGAAUGAGAGAACUGUUCGUAUCCAUGUGUGAUUGUUGUUCCAUUCAAAGAUGUCUGAAGCAACAGAGGAGACCAUCACAAGCAUCAAGUGACAGGUCGAGCUGCCAGGAGUCUUAGUGUUACAUGUGUUGCAGUGAAAAUCACCGCGGUCGCAGCCUCGUGGAUCGUCAGUGGGAAACAUAAAAACACAAAGGCAACAAACGUGAACUGAAACAUUGUAGCCAAACGAAAAAUCGUCUCAAUCUCCAAGAGUCACAACUCAAGCUGAACUGUGAAAGUGGUAUAACACUGUAUAUUAAAAAAGAAAAAAGAAAACAAUCUUGCUCUAUCUCCUCUCGUUGUUUUCUCCCUCUGUUUUAAUUUAUGAUCUGGUUUGAGAAAUCAGAUUUGUUGCAGGUGUUUUAUUUUUUCAGUUCAUGUAAACUGCCUGGCAAAAAAGAAAACAGACAGAAAAAACCUUAAA